AAAAGCCUCUACUUCAUUCAUAUAAAACUAUAGAUGAAACAAGAUGGCAAGAGGGUAAGGCAACCUAUGAACCAUGCUGUACCGACGGGACCUGGCAUUCCGAUCCGAAUGGCCUUCAGAAGACGUCCAGGCGAUAUUCUUCAAAUGUGUUAGAUGGCAGGUAGAGGAUACAAUGGAUCCAAUCAACUGUCCUUACCAUUACUACUGUGACAGCACUUACCCUGGGAAUCAUCCGCCCUAUGUAGAUGUUCUAGCUUUUCUCUUUACAACAGCUUUGUACCUGGUAACACUAGCCAUUAUGGUAGUAGAUAUAUCAAGACGUGGUCGAACAUAUCUCAGAGAAUCAAAGAGAUACCUGCAACCAUCUGGUCCAGUCUCCCUCCCUCUAAUCCUCUUAGUACUUGCCAAGGGUUCACGGAUCAAUACCGUAUUCCCUCUCUCCUGCUUUGGACCAGCAAUCCUUCAGCUGCUUCAGGUAUCUGCCCUCACAUUCGAUAGCCGCAUUGAAAAAGAUGUCAGGUAUGCAUUCCUCCAGGCAUCAACCAUUUCUGGAAUUCUACAUGCAAGCCUGUACUUGGAUUCCAUUAUCUUACCCUACUAUACAGGUUUUGAUGCUCUAGUUUCAUCUACAUUUUCUGGGGAGUGCCCAACUUGUGUUUGCCGAAAAGAGGUUUUGGUUGUGGGUGGAAGGUUGAUCAGGUACAGGGGGUGGUCAUUAACUACAUUUUUGGUUAUAGGAGUUCUGUGUUCAAGAAUUUUAUGCAGGGUGACUGGAGAGAAUAAGAGCAAGAUCAUGUCAAUCAAGACCUUGCUGGAAAGUUUAGGUUUGAUCUUGAUCACCGUGGACUGCAUUUAUCUAAUAAGGAGAAGUCCAGAACAGUCUCUGAUGCGAAUUGCUGCUUUUGGAGGUGUGCUCGUGUUAAUUUGCCUUCAAAUGAUAAAGAAGAUGUCUGCUCAGAUGAUCCAAUGGCAUUCUGCACAUGUAAAGUUAGACAGGUAGGAUUUGCACCAGACAGCUAGGACCAGACAGUCCUAGGUUUUCAAAUUGUAAACCAUCCGUUUGCAUGGCCAGAGGGUAUCUUGAGUGAUCUCUCUUGUACAGGGAAUAGAAACCAAAUGUACAGAAUACCAAUAACUAUUUGUUUUCCUGUUCUCUUUUCCUUCAUUUUUCACCCAACAGGCCAACAUAUAUGGUGGCCGAAUGAUGAAGUCUGAAUUUUAUGAUUGUAA